AUGAUGGCAGAUGCGGGGGUGUACAGCUCCAGUUGCCCGGAUGGAAAGCCGGGAUGCACGGACCAGUUCCUGGUACUCACCUCCAUUUUCGGCAUUGGCCAGAGUCUGGCCUUUGGCUUUUCCGCACCUAUAGGCCUAUUCUUUGACCGCUGGGGGCCAAUGGUCACCGGAGUUGUGGGAGCCGUCUUUUGCGCCAUGGGCUUGCUGAUGAUCUCUGGGUCUGUCAUUGGAGCUUCCUCGGGCUACGACGCGCAUACCUCCUAUUUGUUCCUCUUCGGAACCUUCACGUGCGAUUUUGGAUCUCUCCUGAACAGCUUCUCUUUUGUGGGCCUUAUCUGGCACUUUCCAGGAAAGCAAACAGUGGUGCUGGCUUUGAUCAACGCCACAUACCAAGCCUCAGCUAUGCUUCCCAUGGUUGCGCAGGCGGCCAUGGAAGAAUACCAUUUCACACUGUCCAGCAUCAUGCUUGCUUGGACAGUCCUUGUCUUUGGAAGCAUCUACUUCUGUUGGGUGCUGACUCCUUCGCAGGCAAGAACCACCCUGAGGGUCCAAGGACCCAAAUAA